AUGGCAGAGGAGCCAGGUCGCCCAAACGCCACCAUCUAUGUGGGUGGACUUGAUACGCAGCUCGUCACAGUCACAACCCUAUCAGAAGCCUUUAUUCCAUUCGGUGAAAUAUCUGAUAUCACACUGCCAAAGCCAGAAGCACCGUCCUCUACUGACUUGCAUCGCGGAUUUGGCUAUGUUGAAUUUGAAGACCCUACUGAUGCGCAAGAGGCAAUCGACAAUAUGGAUCAGAGCGAACUCUACGGCCGGGUGAUCAAAGUCGCCAUGGCCAAGCCAGACAGGAAAGAAACCGGGCAGUCUGGUCUUGGGAGCACGACCGCUAUUUGGGAACAGGAAGGAUAUCUUGCCAAAUAUUCUGCAGCAGCAAAUGACAGGGAAGCCGUGGAGCAGUCAAGGGCUGACAAGCCAGAAGAUCCUAUGCAGGGUCUAGAGGGUCUAGAUGUUGCAGGGCCAAAACCAGAGUGA